UACCUAGCCGCGAAAGCGAGCGAGCACCACGGCUGCACCGCCGGAGAGGAUGGAGCAAAGACCGAAAUAUCGAUUUUUAGGCCCCUACGCGGCGGUUCGAUGCUCAUAUCUGCCCCGUGGCCCGUAUCCGCGCGAAGCGCCUUUCAAAACACCAACGACGCGUGCGAGACACUGUGCGUGCGGUGCCGCAAAAUCUUCAUCGAACAUUAAUCGUGUGCAAUUAAAAUAAGAAGCGAACGGGAGAGUGACCAAGGAAGCGAGACCGUGAAGUCGAGUGACGCGUAUACCAAGUUCUAGCCGAUGUCGUCAGAAAAAAUGGCCAUCGCCGCUUCGGAAAAUUAUCAACUAAAGUGGCACAGUUAUGGCGCGCAUCUGCACAGUUCCGUCGCGACGUUACUCCACUCGGAAUCCUUCGCAGAUGUCUUGUUAGCCACGUCCUGUGGCCGGCACGUGGCUGCUCAUCGAUUUGUCCUUGCUGCUUGCUCCUCGUACCUCAGUCAUAUUUUUCAAACAUGCCAUUUUGGUGCAAACACGAAUGCCCCAAUAAUCGUGGUUCUGCCAACGGAGAUCGGCUAUCGCACGUUAAAAAUUCUAAUUCAAUACAUGUACAGUGGCGAGGCUACAGUGACGAACGAUCAAUUGGAGGGUGUACUAAAAGCGGGCGAUAUAUUGCGCGUCCGCGGUCUAUGGAGAUCCAAUACUGGAAGCAAAAAGGAGAAUAUACAAUCGAACAACCAAAAAGUGGAACGAGAUAAACGGGAGCAACCACCUUUAACCGGACAGAUUCAGAAGAUCAAAUUGGUUCAGCCGAGCACGGAGAAGAUCGCCGAAAAUGCACAACAGACUACGCCGGUGCAAGACAACGUUCAACCUCAGAAACCUACCUCAGAAAGGAAAAGUAUCGAGAAGACCGACGAAAAGAUCAGCGAACCGGAAACUAAAAAGGUGCUGGAAGAGAAUAAGAAUAACGAACAGAAUAAGAAUAAAGAGAAUGUGGAGGCCAACGGGAAGAAAAGGAAGAGCACCGGUAGCGAUGUCGAGUCCAAGAAAUCUAAAAGCGAGGAUGGAGAAAACACCGAGAUAAAUCUGGAGCUUUUAGUGAAAGACGAACCAAUUUGGGAGGAAACUAUCGAUCCGUCGGACUCACUGACGAUAGACCAUGAGAUUGACAUAAAACCGGAAAUCGUACAUAGCGCGGAUGAAGAAGAAGAGUAUAGCCCGCUCACUUGCGACAUGUGCAGUCAAACAUUUAAUCGGCCAUCGGACUGGGUAAGACACAUUGAAUUUACACAUGCCGAUAUGACAGAAAAUCGAAGAAGAAAGAGGAAGGGGGACGUCGACGAUGACAGUAAAGAUUUCCCACCCUUAAAAUGUGAUCUCUGCGGUAACAUGUACUCCACGCCACAAGAAUGGGUGCGUCAUAUACAGACGGAGCAUACGGAGGAGCAGUUGGCUCUGAUGAAUAAUUCGGCGCCGCCAAAACCGAAAAGGGUUCACAGUCAUCAAAAGUUGUGCAACAUUUGCCAAAAAGAAUUUCCAAGUCAUGCAUCGAUGGUAAUUCACCAAAGAACGCAUACAGGAGAGAAGCCUUUUCUUUGUUCCUAUUGUCAAAAAGGCUUUAACGUAAAAAGUAAUUUGCUGAGGCAUUUAAGGACAUUGCAUGACAAAUACGUACAUCCCAGCUUGUACGGAAGUAACGGUAAUUCGAAUGCUUAAGCUCUUAAAUAAUCCUUCAAUUGUACAUGUUCUUUUCUCUCGUUAGUAUUUCAUUUACAAGACAAAUGUCACACGGCGUCUCAUAUACCUUCUAAAAUUACGUUCACAGACUGAAGGAACAGUAUAUGCAUUGAUAAUCCCGUAUAAGCAUGUCGAAUCGGUCCAAAUAAUUAAAUGUUGAUGCGUGACAUCUCCUUUGAAAAUGAACAGAUAUCGACAGCUUAAUUAAGUUUCAUUAAACUUUCAGUAUUCGUUCCUUGAAUUACAUUCAAUGAUUCUACAUGUUGGUGUAUAAUUUGUCUCUUGAUUAUGUGUAAGAAUAAGGUUGUUCUAUUUUGAAAAUGCGAUGCUAUUUUGUUCUAAACAAGCAAUAUCAGGGCUUUAAAACCAAAGAGGCUGAUUACUAUUGCCAAAGUGUCUUGUUUCUUUGCAACUUCAAUUCGUUCUUUCGACAAUGAAAGGAGAUGGAGAAUAUUUAUUUUGAUUGAAAAUUUAAUUUAACCGUGUAAGGAUAAGAAUUAACGAUAUACAGGUCUUCGCAGUAUGUGCGUGUAAAAUAAUUCAUAGUUUAAAUCAACAUCUAAUGAUUAAAACAUAUGGUUAUUUAGUAACUAUACGAAAUCUAAAUUAUGUAAGAUUUAAACUGUAUACAUCUAGGCUAUUCCAUCCACGGUAGCCCUCUUAUUCUCUCAGCUCGUAAGCGUAAUUAUGUAUUUUUAUAUUAAACUAGCUUAUACACAAAAGGUAUAAGAAAUAAGGUAAUUAAAAGUAAGUAAAAAAAUUCGAACUUCGAUUAGGCUAGGGCAUAAGAAAUAACGUAUAAUUCGAAAUUUAUCAAACGUUUUGGAAAUAUAUUGAGUUCUUACAUAUAAAAAAACGCAAUAUUAUCAAAAUAUUGUCACAGUCUAUGGAAUGAUAACAAUAUAAAUCUUUAAGAAUGACAUACAUGACACUGCGUUUAACAAUGGUAAUCAUGAUCGUGUCACUCUAUUAUGAAUCUUAGUGUCAAUUCUAUGUUGCGCUAACACUGUGACGAGCCAAACGACUUUUAAAUGUAAAAUUUAAAUAUAUUAACUUAAAAGUA